UAACAAAUGCAUAUAAGUAUACUAUUUAAGGAAACCUGGAUAUACUACGUACUAGUAGUAUAAAGCAUUUGAAGAGGCAACUUGUAUUAUUUGAUCUAGUCUAAGAAUUUAGAACUCCCAAAACAAUGAGUGUAGUUUGCAACAUACCCCAUUGUCAAUGAUUAUUCUCUCCAUCAUCAUCAUCAUCAUGCUACCUUUUCUUUUCUUCAAAUUGCUUAUUUAUGUAAAAAAGUUAGUGUACACAGAAAACAUGACAAUGAAAGUAGUACUAAUCACUGGAGCAGCUACAGGAAUUGGAGAGCAACUAGCUUAUGAGUAUGCAAAACGAGGAGCAAGGUUGUCCCUUGUUGACAUUAGAAAGGAGAAUCUUGGAGCAGUGGCUGAUAUGGCAAGAUCUCUUGGUUCUCCUGAUGUUAUUAUCAUUGGUGCAGAUGUCACCAAGCUUGAAGACAGUAAAUGGUUUGUUGAUGAAACAAUGAACCACUUUGGACAAUUGGAUCAUCUGGUAAACAAUGCUGGAGUUAUUGGGGUUCCAACAUUGGUAGAGGAUUUUCCUAAUUUUACUAAAUACACUUCAAUUAUGGAAACAAAUUUCUGGGGAGCAGCUUAUGGCACUUUAUAUGCAAUCCCACAUCUCAAAAACAGUAAAGGCAGGAUCAUAGUGGUUGCUUCAGCUUGUGGAUGGUUCCCAAUUCCAAGACUCAGUAUCUAUAAUGCAAGUAAGGCAGCAAUAAUAAGCUUCUUUGAGACUCUAAGAAUUGAACUUGGUUGGUCUAUUGGCAUAACAAUAGCCACACCCGGUUUUAUCAAUACAAACCUGGCAUCGAGGGUCAUUGAAGAUGAGGCUACUAUGGGAAGACUUCCAUUAGGGUCAGCAUUUGAAUGUGCCAAGGACAUAGUGAAAAGUGCAUGCAGGGGAGAUAUGUAUGUGACAAACCCUUCAUGGGUCAAAGUGUUAUUUCCUUGUAAGGUGCUUUUUCCUGAGCUGGUGGAUUGGGGCCAACGACAUAUCUUUGAGCUUUUCCAAACCCUUACAAAAAGAAGAGCAAUUAAUAUGCUUGUGUCCAAGAAUAAUCAAGAGCUUAAGGCAGAAUAAAAUGAUAUUUUGUGGCACUACUAGUUGUACAUUUCAUUUGGGGACCAGGCCUACAAACGAGUAUUAUAAUAACUUA